CACACCUUCGUUCCUCACCAAAAUCUACAAUCAACCAACUGCAAAGCAGAAACAGCAGCAAAGAUCCAUCUUUCUCUCUGAGUUUCCGGAGCGAUCGGGGGAGUUGAUGGCGACCGCCGGGAAGGUGAUCAAGUGCAAAGCGGCAGUGGCAUGGGAGGCCGGGAAGCCGCUGUCGAUCGAGGAGGUGGAGGUGGCGCCGCCGCAGGCCAUGGAGGUGCGUGUCAAGAUCCUCUACACCGCCCUCUGCCACACUGACGUCUACUUCUGGGAAGCCAAGGGGCAAACUCCGGUUUUCCCAAGGAUCUUGGGCCAUGAGGCUGGAGGCAUUGUUGAGAGCGUCGGAGAGGGCGUGACCGAGCUUGUGCCAGGUGACCAUGUUCUGCCGGUGUUCACUGGCGAGUGCAAGGAUUGUGCUCACUGCAAGUCAGAGGAGAGCAACCUUUGUGACCUCCUCAGGAUCAAUGUCGACCGGGGCGUGAUGAUCGGCGAUGGGCAGUCCCGUUUCACCAUCGGUGGGAAACCUAUAUUCCACUUCGUCGGGACCUCUACCUUCAGCGAGUAUACCGUGAUCCAUGUUGGGUGCCUAGCGAAGAUCAACCCUGAGGCACCCCUCGACAAAGUUUGUGUUCUCAGCUGUGGUAUCUCAACUGGUCUUGGUGCGACUCUCAAUGUCGCAAAACCAAAAAAGGGUUCGACGGUGGCAAUUUUCGGCCUUGGAGCUGUGGGCCUUGCUGCCAUGGAAGGGGCCAAGAUGGUUGGGGCAUCAAGGAUCAUCGGUGUGGACUUGAACCCUGCAAAAUACGAACAAGCCAAGAAGUUUGGCUGCACCGACUUUGUAAACCCAAAGGACCACACCAAGCCAGUGCAAGAGGUGCUUAUCGAGAUGACAAACGGUGGAGUCGACAGAGCCGUGGAGUGCACGGGUCACGUCGACGCCAUGAUAUCCGCCUUCGAAUGCGUUCACGAUGGGUGGGGCGUGGCGGUGCUGGUGGGCGUUCCGCACAAGGAGGCGGUGUUCAAGACCCACCCGAUGAACUUCCUCAAUGAGAGGACCCUGAAGGGCACCUUCUUCGGCAACUACAAACCGCGCACCGACCUCCCGGAAGUCGUGGAGAUGUACAUGAGGAAGGAGCUGGACGUGGAGAAGUUCAUCACCCACAGCGUGCCUUUCUCGCAGAUCAACACGGCGUUCGACCUCAUGCUCAAGGGAGAGGGACUUCGCUGCGUCAUGAGGAUGGACGAGUAAAUCAAGCUUCUUCGUCACACCCUCGCUGCUUUAAACAAAAGAAAAAUAAAUUAUCAGGACUUCCCUGGACUAAUAAUGUAUAGUCGUUAGAUGCGCAUGUGUAUUUUUUGUCACCAAGAACGAACAUGUAUGUGUUUUGUGUUCACGGUUUGGUCUUUAUAUUUCAGUGUGUCACCACCUC